CUAGGUGGUGGCAUUUUUAAACGAACGCUAGGCCUGUGAAAGACGUGUGCGACACAUCACUGUUGUUGGAUUUUAUUUGUUCUAACGAGGAUACACAUUCACGCGGUCUUUGCUAAGCAGAGAAUGAAUCUGGGAAAUAUUCAGAAGAUAGCGCGACCAUAUUUCCAACAAUUCUCUUGUCAAAAUGGCUGGAGAGCGCUGUCCUCAAAACCAUACCUCAGCAAAACUAAAGUAGAAAGUGGCAAGAUCCUUGCCUUGCGAAGGGAAGACAUAAAUGUCUGGGAACGACGUGCACCCAUCGCACCCCAACAUAUAAAAUCCCUAAAGGAGCAAGGAAUAAAUACUCUGGUUCAACCAUCUACACGAAGGGCAUAUACCAUGCAAGAAUAUGAAAAUGCUGGGGCAAUUAUCACGGAAGAUUUGAGCCCAGCAUCUGUAAUCAUCGGGGUUAAACAGGUUCCAAUUGACUUGCUGAUACCAGACAAAUCAUAUGCAUUUUUCUCGCAUACAAUAAAAGCACAAGAGGCUAAUAUGCCACUGCUUGAUGCUAUGUUGGCAAAGAAUAUUCGUAUUAUUGACUAUGAAAGGAUGGUUGAGGAGAAUGGUCAAAGAGUUGCAGCUUUUGGGAAAUUUGCAGGAGUUGCAGGUAUGAUAAACAUACUUCAUGGAAUUGGACUCCGAUUACUAGCUUUAGGUCACCACACACCAUUCAUGUAUAUCGGAGCAACACACAAUUACAAAAACAGCAGGCAAGCAAAGCUGGCAAUCUAUGAACUUGGCGAAGACAUCAAAGCUGGAAAGCUCCCUGCUCAUUUUGGGCCUUUGACAUUUGUCUUCACUGGUUCUGGAAAUGUAUCGCAGGGCGCGCAGGAAAUGUUUAAAGAGCUGCCUCACGUGUAUGUGGGGCCACACGAAUUAAAACACGCUGCUCAGAAGUACGAUCAUCGCACUUUGGUAUAUACAGAAGUGAGUCGACAAGACUACCUGGUCCCUAAGCUUGGAGGAUCUUUUCAAGCCAGUGAAUUUGAAGCACACCCUGAACGCUAUCGAUCUGUAUUUGCUGAAGAGAUUGCACCUUACGCCAAUGUGAUAAUCAACGGUGUCUACUGGGCACCGAAGAACCCCCGUCUUCUCACGUACGAGGAUGCACUGAUGCUUUUAGAGCCAAAAAAAGAACUUGACAAAUAUUCCGGGUGUCCUGAUUUACCACACACACUGUUAGCCAUAUGUGACAUUUCUGCUGAUCUAGGGGGCUCAAUAGAGUUUAUGAAUGAAUGCACUACAAUCGAAUACCCCUUUGCUCUUCAUGAUAUUAAAAAGGGAACAACACAACUAGGGAUGGCUGGCGAUGGCGUUCUUAUUUGCUCCAUUGAUAACCUCCCUGCGCAGUUACCACGGGAAGCAACUGAUUAUUUUGGUCGACUUCUUCUUCCAUGGAUCCCAGAAAUGGUGAACUGCGAUGCUCGUAGACCCCUUUCAAUGGAAUCUGGAAUUUCUAACGUGGUCAAAAAUGCUAUUAUUUGUUCAAAUGGCGAACUAACUGAGGACUACAAGUACAUAGCAGAUUUGCGAGCAAGGCAUGAGAAUGAAAGGAAGCAAGCAGAGCUUGGCGUCCAAUCCUCUGUAUCAAAGAAAAUUCUUGUUCUUGGUGCAGGAAAAGUUUCGAGUCCUUUUAUUGAGUAUCACACAAGACGCCAAUCCACGGGCGUUACAGUUGUCUCCAGUCUUGAAGACGAGGUUCAGCACCUGGCCAAUCGACACGAGAACACCACCCCAGUAGUGUUAGACAUUGAACGUUCUCAUGAAGGAUUGGAUAAGCUAAUUCAAUCACAUGAUGUUGUAGUAAGCUUGUUGCCCUAUGUGCACCACCCUACCAUCGCAUCUUUAUGUAUCAAACACAAAAAGAACAUGGUCACUGCAAGUUAUGUACUGCCUGCUAUGAAAGAACUUCAUGAAAGGGCGAAGGAAGCUGGAAUAACCAUUGUCCAGGAAGUGGGAUUGGAUCCAGGAAUAGACCAUUUACUGGCCAUGGAUUGCAUCGAUUCGAUUAAAGAAGAAGGUGGCCAGGUUGAAAUUUUCAUUUCCUACUGCGGUGGUCUGCCAGCCCCUGAGCACUCUGAAAAUCCACUACGAUAUAAAUUCAGCUGGAGCCCAAAAGGAGCACUGAGAACGCUGCUUAAUGGUGCAAGGUACUUAAAGAAUGGACAGCUAAUGGAAAUCGAGCCUGGAAUGUUGCUUGAGAAUGUAUCACCCCUGGAUAUUUUCCCAGGAUUUCAUCUGGAUGGAUACCCAAAUAGGGAUUCUACCCACUACGUACAAUCUUACAACAUCCCUGAAGUCAAGACAAUGUUACGAGGCACAAUACGAUACCAUGGUUACGCAGCAGUGUGUCGUGGACUUUUGUCACUUGGUCUUUUCAAGGAAGACCCUUAUCCGGCAGACAUGAUUGGAAAGACCUCGUCCUGGAAAGAUCUUAUGAACCUCCAACUUGGAACUUCCACUUUGUCAGAAAAAGAGCUUGAAAUAAUCGUAAAAGACAGAGUGCAAAACGACGAAAUUGCUUUUCAAGGUGUAAAAGGACUUGGCCUACUUUCAGAAGAAUCAGUUCAGAUAGGACAAACGCCAUUUGAUACACUAUCAACGCAUUUAUCUCGUAUUCUGGAAUACAACCAAGGUGAACGGGAUAUCGUUUUGCUUCGUCAUCAAAUUGGAGAGCUUAAGAGCAGCGGGAAAAGGGUGCAACAUGACAUAAGUCUGGUCGCAUACGGUGAUCCGGAUGGCUAUACUGCAAUGGCUAGAACUGUCAGCAUACCAACUGCGAUUGCUGCGGAUAUGGUCUUAAAUGGUGAGAUCUUGCAGACUGGAAACGUCACACCUCUUGCAAAAGGAAUAUACAAGCCAAUGUUAAAAAGACUUCACGCGGAAGACAUUUGUUGGACUCACAAAACAACAGAGUUGUGAACUGUGGUAAUGGAAGUUUUGCUUAGUUAUUUUAUGAAACAUUGCAUGGUAUUUACUAAACAAUUAUAUUUUAUCGAGUAUUUAUUUGUUUUCAUAGCUAUGUACAUGUUUUAUAGAGGGCAGUUAUCUAUUAGAAGCUUCUAGCGUUCCUACUUUUGGUGCAAGAGCAUCUAAAAAGAGGGGCAAGGAAGGAUUCUGCUACAUUUCAAUGUUGGAGGGGCAUAGGCAGAAUGGGACUCCGUUAUGUAAAGAGGCACUUUUACAAAAGUAACAAAAUCAGCUUUUCUUAGAAAAAGGGCUUUAGAGAAACGUUGAGGGGUGUGCCUCUUGUGCCCUUUGGCUCCUUGGUGGAAAGCAAAGCAGGCUCUGGAAGCCGAAGUAUAGCAUCGUAUUCCUUGAACACCUUUGGUUGGCUUGGGGAGAAGAAGGCACCUAUCUGAAUUAAAACCAGUACAUAAAUAUCAAAUUUAUACCGAUACCUUUCCUUCCAUACUAUUGUCUGUAUUUAUCUUCUUGUCCUUCAACCGAAUUAUAGGCAGGCUAUUCUUGCGAUCUUUUUAUGAAUCAGAGACGACAAAACUGUGGCCACCAAGGGAAUUUGUCUUUUACAGUUUGGAAUAUUUCCCUUUUUUAGCAGAACUUCAUUUAGCAUUUUUAGGGAACCUCCCCUUUUUCUGAGGCAUAGUGUUUCUUACCACUUGUGCCCCUCCAAAUUUCGAAAACUUUUGACGUUCUUUUUAUCUCUUAUCAAUAAUAGUUUUGAAAAUCUGAUACUGUUGUCAUCUAAUUCAAUUCCAGUCCCUGCUAAUCAACUGCAAGUAUUUUUUAUCAAUUCUCUUUGAUCGUAUUCUUGCUAUUCCAGACAAUCACAUUGAUUCUAAAUUGUAAAUUGAUCCUUGACUUGAUAAAUGAUUUCCUUGAACCCUCACAGUGUUAGCUUUUUAAUAGCAGCAAAUCAAGUAUGUCAUUGUAUUCAUUUGCUUAGCUUAUUUUUGGAUAUCUUGAAUGUAUUUUGGGUUAUUCAUUUUUGCACUGUUCAAUUUUUAUGUUCAUAUUUAUUGACCUAAUCAGAACAUUUCCCGUCAAUAUGUUCUAUCCGGGAGUUGUUUUCAGGAUUCUUUAAAAUAGCGAUUGCACCCUGAUUGUUCUCGUUAUGAAUUCGAAUCAAUGAUCAAAGUCUCAAUGUUAUUUGAAUCUAUAGUAAGUGCCAUGAUUGAUGAUAACAAUGUCUGCUUGG